GCUCAAUUUGUUUGAUAACGCUCAAAACGGUGUCCCAGUGUUAAAGAAGUGAGUGGUUUGAGCAGGAUGUUGCUGAAGUGAUGUAGAGACAGGUGUGUGUGGAUACAGAGCUGACAGCAUGGAUAUACGUGUGUGGAUACCUGGUUCAUUCUAACGCACCUGUGGAUAGCCGUCCUUCUCUAGUGGCACUGAUUUCUUCGACGAGGUUGAUUUGUGUCAGGCACAAUGUGAAGUCUACUGCAGAAAUGACCAGAUGGCUUGUGAAGAGAACUGUGACAAUACCACAAGACGGCCUGUGUGGCAGGAAUUGUGCCAGGAGAAACAGACGUGUGUAAGCUCCUGUAUUGACAAGCAGUUAAAAAUCCUUGACAUGGAGUACGUUCCUCCGAUACCAACACUUCACCCACCCAUCACUCAUGACAAUCAGACUAUAGUACACUGGGACAGGAGCUCCACUACUGACAACCAAACCGUUAUUUACAUCAUCCAACAUCAGCUGAAUGCAGAUCCAGAGUGGCUUUUUCUGGGAUGGGUGGAGAACACUAACAGGUACAUGUUCACAGAAGAUGGAAUGGAUUACUGUGAGAAUCACCGAUUCCGUGUGGCUGCUGUCAACCAGUACGGAACAGCAGGAUUCUCAUCACCCCAGAGCAGUUUGCCAAAGCCAAAAUUACUUUUUGAGCAAAAGCAGUUCACCUAUGACAGAAUGAAACAAGAAUUUUUUAUCAAGGUUAUUUGUGAUAUUCCUUUCGACUGGCUCCAUUCCGGUGCUAAGUGUGAGUGGCGUGUGCCAAGCUUUACUGGCCAUUGCCCAUUUAUGCCUGCAAUACAGCCCAUUGUCAGAGCAAUCAAGCACAGGCGGAGACAGUGGUUUGAGGUUAGUGUGGCUGAUGCUGGUUUUGGCUGUAACUACACAGGCAAGGUGAGGCUGGUCUCCAGGUGUAAGGCUCGCAGUAAGUGGGUAGAUGUUCACCUCAGUCUCUCAGAAUGCUCUCUGAUAAAUAAGUUUCCUUGCCCACACAAAGAGGUACCCCCUGGGCAAGUGAAAGUGGUGGAGGUCUUUCAAGACACCAGGGGGGUUUACAUCAAGUGGGAGCCACCUGAGGAUCAGGGAAGUCGUGGUAUAGGAGCCUACGGGAUACAAUGGGGGUUCUGUCACUCUGUUGUUCCCGGUGCAGGACUCAAGUUAUACAAACUGGAGCAUGAGAAGGUCACAGUUGUGGGAAAGCCGGACCUCACCCUGAACGUAUCUCAUCCCACACAACUGUACGGCGUAAGGAUAGCAGCUCUAAGCCCUGGUCAGCUUACCAGCACAGUGAACUUCAAUGUGAUUUCCACUCAUUGUGCUAAGAGGAUUGGCUCUCACUCGCAUGGACACGGCCAUGGUAAAGGUGAAGUGCUGUUAAAGAAGAAUGAUGUGAAAGUCAUGCACUACCCUCAUGAUCUCAAGGUUCUGAUAUCGUGGCAUACGCCGCCCUAUAGGGACAAGAAGAAAGAUGCGGUCAAGCAGUAUGCACUGCGCUGGGGGCCACUGAUUGACCAUCAGGGUGGGAACAUUGACGAUAUGAUCAGUAACCUCAAUGACACAGUCAUGCAGGUUGAAAAUUCAACACUAGUACCUGGGAGAAACCAUUCCUGAGUUGAGAGGCGGGGUAUCUUUGUGUCACUGAGACAGCUGCCUGAAUCCACAUAUACAUGUAUACACUGCACUCUAACGAAGCAUCAUAGGCCUACAAAGGACUUAUUUACAGCUCUUCAUUACAUGUCAUUCUCAUGGAGUUAGCUCCUUUUAAUGAAUCCAAAACACAAAAAAAGCAAUCUAAAAAACAUUAAUGUCCACAAUUUUUUUAUGAAAUUCUCAGUUGUGCAGCUCUUCCAAAAUGAGAAAGGACGAUUAUUGAAUUGUUUAUUUCUGACUGCACUGUGAAUAAUGGAAUGGCAUGAAACGUCAACAAUAACUGAGUCAUGAUUGUAUGAUUUUAUCAAAAUAUGAGUGAAGAUGCUGGAAAGAAGCCCAGGCAUAUUUAGCAAAAAUAAAA